AUGGCAUGCAUUGGCCUUGACGAUAUUGAGUUUCUCAAGACACCACCUUCCAAGUAUGCGCAGAAAACAACCAUUCAGCAUUGGCAACUUCGUGAUUUGAUUGCUUGUCCUACUUCGCGAAAGGAGGUGUUGUAUGUUAGUCAAAAUACAGUCAAGUUACUCAACACAGAUACUCAGCGGGCAUCAGAUGUAUUGGAAAAUCUAUCGUUUUCGCCUACUUCUAUGACCACUGGGUGCGGCUAUUUAGCCGCUGGUGGCCAGAGGUCUCAGCUUGUAGUUCGGGAUCUAAAUUCGUCGUGGCACGUACAAACAACUGUUGGAGGAUCCAUCAACAAUGCCAUGUGUAUUUCCAAUCACGCUGGAUCCACGCGCCUAUUGAUUUGUAACAAUGAUAAGACCAUCAAAAUACUUUCUCUUCCGGAUCUUCGCCGAGUCUCAAACAUUUCUCUUCCGACUGCAGUAAACUAUGCAUCUGUUAGUCCUGAUGGCCGCAAACUAUUAGCUGUAGGGGAUACUUCAGAAGUAUUCUUGUUCAAUAUAUCAGCGGGUGGGCAAUAUGAGCGAAUCAACGUAAUGAAUGCUACCAACGAUGCUGGGUUUUCAUGCUCUUGGAAUCAAUCAUCUGAAAGAUUCGCUGUAGCUAGCCAAGACGGAUUUGUUUCUGUUUGGGAUAUUCGCAGUUCUGAAAAACUUGCCCAGAUUUCAUCAAAACAGGCUAGACGAGAUGUGAACCCUCAAGUUAAAGGUGCUUGCCGUUGUGUCAAAUUCUCCAACACAGGGUCUAUUGACCUGUUGCUAUUUAGCGAGCAUAUUUCAUAUAUCAAUGUAGUAGAUGCUAGAACAUUUGAUUCUCGACAGUCUAUUUGCGUAACACCACCAGACAUAGAUCAGCAUAUUUCAGGAAUUUCAUUUUCUCCAGAUAGUAGCACCGUGUUUGUUGGCACAGAAAGCUCUAUCUUGAAAUAUGAUGUGAAUACCUUGCUUAGGCGCACAUUUCCAGAUGGAUCUUUAAAUUAG